AUGUUGUUCUUCUUCAUCCUCACUGCUUUUGCAGUUGAAGUGAAUUUAAUGCUUCCAUUGGAUACAGUGAAUUCAAAUGGUCUUGCCAACCAAGGUCAACUCACAAACGACUUCUCUAAGAUUAAGUCUGGUGGAGUAGUGGGUGUGAUGUCCGAUAUCUGGUGGGGGUUAGUCGAGACGUCUCCAAAGACUUACAAUUGGAAUGCAUACAAGACAAUGGUACAACUUGCCAAGAACGCUGGUCUUAAAUUUCAAGCUGUGAUGUCCUUCCACAAAUGUGGAGGCAAUGUUGGGGAUACUUGUGACAUUCCAAUUCCGUCGUGGGCGAUAACCGCUGGACAGAAUGCUGGUGCUUUCUUUAAAGAUCAUGAAGGGUGGGUGAACACGGAGUACAUUUCCUUUGGUGCAGAUUCUGAAGCUGUUUUUGAAGGAAGAACGCCUCUUCAAAUUUACAAGGACUUUAUGGCGUCUUUCAAAUCAAAUUUCCAGAGCUUCAUUGACGAUGGAACAAUUAAUGAAAUUCAAGUAGGUAUGGGGCCAUGCGGAGAGACUCGAUAUCCAUCAUACCCAGGUGCUAAGUUCCAAUAUUGUGGCAUUGGAGAGUUUGAGUGUUCUGACAAGUAUUCUCUCGCUAAGUUGCAAGCCGCUGCAACUGCGGCCGGACAUAGUGAGUGGGGUUCAGCGUCACCAUCAAAUGCGGGGACUUACAAUUCAAGACCACCCUCAUCGACCGGAUUCUUUGGGAGUGGAAGCGACAACUACGCCUCUGCAUAUGGAAAGUUCUUCAUGGACUUCUAUUCAAAUAUGUUACUUGAACAUACAAAGAACGUCUUGUCGAGUGCUAAGGACGUUUUUGGGUCAUUAGCUAUUGCUGGCAAAAUCAGUGGUAUUCACUGGUGGUGGAAAGACAACAGCCACGCGGCAGAGUUGACUGCAGGCUACUACAACGCCAAUGGCAACAACGCUUAUUUGACUAUUGCGAACGCAUUCAAACCAUACGGCGCACGAUUUGAUUUUACUUGUUUGGAGAUGAGUGGAGAAGACUCGAACUGUGGAUCAGCACCAGCUGCUUUGGUUGAUCAAGCGUAUAAAGGAGCUCAAAGUGCAGGAGUUGCAAGAUGUGGAGAGAAUGCACUUGAGUUGUGUGGGUAUGGUGGAUGCAACACGUCUGGGUUCAACCAAAUUGUGACACAAGCGAAGUGGUACGGAUUGACCGCGUUCACUUAUUUGAGAAUGACAAGAGCCUUACUUGAUGAUGGAACAGCUUGGGGGCAAUUCAAAAGCUUUGUGAACAACAUGAAAUAA